AUGGUCGGCCGACGCCUCCCGACGCUCGCGCUCUUCCUGGCGCUCAUCGCGGGGCUCCUGCACGGCGUCGCGGCCACCGCGGGAGACACCUACACGUACGACUUCAUCAUCAACGUUGCUCAAGUUGGUCAACUUGGUCCACAUUGUUUUUACGUCAAGCUGGACGGCGUGUUGCCGAGCCAGUAUCAGUUCACGUGGCACCGUCCACCGGAUAGGAGAGUGUGUGAUGCUUCAAAAUCUGGCGGGAGUUGCGCGACCGGCGAGAUCGGGAUGGCCUCCGAUGAUCCCUUGAAAUAUUCGGCUUGGAACGAUAAAAUGGUGGGGGAGAAGAUCUUCUCAGUCGCCUCCGCGACCAGGAUAGCCUCCAUCGAGAUAUCCUGCUAUUAUCCCAAAUACACGCCGGGUUGGCUCAUCAAGGAGAACGGCAUGGAGGUGUAUCGAGAGACUGCGAACCGCGGGGAUGGAGACAUACCCUAUCCGGCGACGUACACGUACGACCUGGUGUGCGACGCAUCAUCACCCCCGGCCAACGGCGGCGUCGGUAACUGCACAUCGGCCCUCUUUUCCGGGGAGUCGUGCACACCGACGUGCGACACCGGUUAUUUGCUCGUGGGUGAGCGUUCAUGCGUUGACGGCACCACGGUUGACACGGCGGCGUGCGUCAUCCCACCGUCACCUUCCCCACCGCCUUCCCCGCCACCGCCGGCGCCUCCCCCACCGUUGCUCAGGCUCCAUCUCGUCGCUGACGACAUGAACGCCACGUCGCACACCCAGAACCUGGUCUGGCGCGAUCGGUCCAGCUUCGGCAACGACCUCACGACCCACCUCGCGGCGCCCGAGGUGAUCGAGGACGCGUUCAACGGGCACAAAGCUCUCCGCUUCGGGUUCUCCGACUUGUUCCAGGACGACGUCGAAGGUUUCAGCUGCAUGCGACUGGACCCCGUCUCGAGUGAUAACCUGCUGACGUACGGCAGCAUGUCGCACUGGUCGUUCCCGGGCGUCACCGUGUUCGCGGUGAUCGAGCCGCGAGACGUGCCUUGGGGCGGCGACGGCGACCCGCUCGACUUCGUGUUCGACUUUGGCGAGUUUCCCACGCAGGGGUUCGGGCUCGCGUGGCACGAGAACGAGCGGACGCUCUACACGCCGACUGAUCACGGCGGCGAGGUCCGCCGGAGCGCCGAGCCGCGUGAGAACAAGAAGUACGUGGUGGCGAUCCAGUACACGUUCGGUCAGGACGGGCACGUGCGCGCGUUGACGCAGUUUGCCACGAGGCACGGUCGCGCGGACCUGAUCGAUCCAACAGACUCCAGCGGCGCGGCGCAGGCGUUCUCCGUCCACGGGUUCACCCCUGAAACCGUCGCGCACGAACAGAGUCCGUUCUCGGUCGGGUGCAUGUCCAAGGAGAACACGGCAUCGGGCGCGAAAGGUAAGCGGGUGUUCCGCGGUGACAUCGCAGAGCUCAGGCUUUACGCCGGCUUGCUUUCGCUCGACGAGGUGUUCGCCAUUCGAGAUGCGCUGGUCGACACGUACGUGCCCGAAUGCGAGCGAGGGUGUUCAACCCUGACCCGCCGCGGGCUCAACCAGGUGGACCGCUACGACGAGCCCGCAGUGAAAGCGCCGGUCUCGGAGGAGUACAAGUGCAUCGCCGACGGCGAGUGCAUAUCGGCGCGGUUCAUACGGCUCUACAAGACCCAAUCGGCGUCGAACCCCACCAUCCACCUUCUUGAAUUGGCCGUGUGGACCAGCGCAUUUCCAGACAUCAACCUCGCCGCUGGAAAGGACGUGACGUGCUCACCCGCGUGUCAUAGUCUAUCCGGGUCACGUCUUGUAGAUGGAGCGACGAAUACGGGGACUGCUCACACCUGUUUUGAAGGUGAUGAUGCUUCUCGAGGGGGGCUCGCGGAGGGUGCAUGUGCCAAUGACGUUUCCAGGUGGAUGGAGAUCGACCUCGGUCAGGAGUACCUGAUUGACGGCAUGCUCAUCGUGAAUAGGCCAGAUCAAUAUCGAAUCCGGAUCCAGGACGUGAAGGUUGACUUCAAGGACGCCGACGGGAAUGUCGUGCUGACCACGGCGGCGAUCACUUCUGACGAAAGCUCAGAGGACGGAUACGUGAUGGAUCUGACCAAGACGAGCCUCCAGUCGAACGUUGAGUUCGACGCGUGGAAGUACAUCCCCCAGGGUGAGAUCAUCCAGGCAGCGGACUUUGACUGGACGCCGUACAAGAGAUGGUGCGCAGUCAACGAGUACUGGGACGGCGCCGCGUGCAGAGACUGCCCGGUUGCGACGACGAGUCGAGGAGGCGACGUCACGAUGUGCUGCGCCGCAGAUGAGUUCUGGAACGGGCAGGCGUGCGGGGCGUGCCCCACCGGCUCGACUGGCAUGCAAUACGUCAUGUGCACGUGUGCCACUGAUGAGUUCUGGAACGGUACCGCCUGCCAGACGUGCCCCACCGGCUCGUUCAGCCCGGGAGGCGCCGCGACAUCAACAUCGUGUACGUCCUGCAAAGCCAAUGAGUUUUGGAACGGGCAGGCGUGCCAGACGUGCCCCACCGACUCGACUGGCAUCCAAUACGUCAUGUGCACGUGUGCUACCAAUCAGUUCUGGAACGAGCAGACGCAGGCGUGCGAGACGUGCCCCACCGGCUCGUUCAGCCCGGGAGGCGCCGCGACGUCAACAUCGUGCACGUCCUGCGAAGCCAACGAGUUCUGGAACGAGCAGACGCAGGCGUGCGAGACGUGCCCCACCGGCUCGUUCAGCCCGGGAGGCGCCGCGACAUCAACAUCGUGCACGUCCUGCGCAAGAGACGAGUUCUGGAACGAGCAGACGCAGGAGUGCCAGACGUGCCCCACCAACUAUUUCAGUAAGGGAGGCGCCGCGACGACAACAACGUGCAUGACUUGCCCCGCAGGGCAGUACCGCAACAACGACGCAGGAUGCGGGGCGUGCCCGACGGGAAGUACCAGCCCGGGUGGUAGCGGUAGCGUCACCUCUUGCGACACGUGCUUGUCCCACUACUACAAGUCUGGGUCCACGUGCGUGGCGUGCCCGACGAACUCCGUCGGUGCCGGUGGAUCCGCGACUUCGUGCACAUGCAACGAUAACUAUCGCGCCUAUUGGUCUGGUAGCGCGUGGUCUUGCUUGGCCUGCGCUGCUCCGUACGUCAAGUCCGGAUCAGUGGUGCCACAGUCCAUAGAGUCGAGCGACACCUGCGACGAUCCUCCGCCUUGUCAGCGCGAACUGAAGGUGGAGCGCGUUGGUGGUGAUCCUAGUUGGGGCGCCCCUUUUUACUUUACGUGCGGCGACGUGGAGGUCUACGCGGGAAUAUCCGAUUCCAGGACCAAGCUCGUCAUCCCGCCCAACAAUAUAGCGUGGGGAUCGUGUCCGACGGCCAGUUUCAAACGGAGCGCACCGGGGACUUCCAGCUUCCGCUAUGCAAAUACCGCUUGGAACUACGAUGACGUGUUCAAAGUCACGGAGAUGAACAACUGCGGAUGCAGAAGGAAAGUACGAAUCACGCGCACGGACGCCUCAACGGGUUGGGGUCAUUGGAUGUCCCUCAGGUGCGCCGGUACAGGUGGUGCUAACCCUGUGGAGGUGAUCGUCGGCAAUUCCGACUCCAAUACCAAGGAUGUCGUCCUGUUUUCGCCGUACAACUAUGAAUGCCCCCCCACAUUCACUCUGGGUACUGACAACUUCCAGUUGGACUUGCUGUCUACUACUUGCUACAGCGGGAAACAAGUUUACGACGGUGCUCCUUACGAACAAUGGAUACACGAGCCUGCAUUAAAUCAGUUCUGGACAAAUGUUUAG